AUGAUGUAUAGAAAUAUGCCAGUAGAUUUAGUACUAGUUCGUCAUGGUCAAAGUGAGGGUAAUCUCGCUCAAAGGUUAGCAAGGCAGGGCGAAUUACAGCAAUGGACAGAUGAGUUUAGACGAAGACAUAAUAGCUUGUAUAGAUUAACUGAUAGAGGUAGAACUCAAGCUAGGAUAGCUGGUGAAUAUAUAAGAACAAAUAUUGGAACUACAUUUGACAAGUACUUUACUUCUGAGUAUGUUAGGGCUAUGGAGACUGCUGCCAUGCUAGGACUGCCCAAUUCAUUAUGGAAUACAGAUAUAUAUUUAAGAGAAAGAGAUCGUGGUAUUUUGGCAAAUAAAACUCACCAGGAAAGAGCUACUUUGCACUCUGAUGAAAUGAUUAGGAAGCAGAGGGAUGCAU